AUGAGGAAGAGUGAGGUGCUGGCGGCCGAGGCCGUGUCGUGCCUGAACCGAGCCAUGGCGGCACUGCGGGACAUCUGGGAGGAGAUCGGCAUCCCCGAGGAGCAGCGCCUGGAGCGCACCGACGUUGUCAAGAAGCACAUCAAGAGUCUCCUGGACAUGAUGGUUGCAGAGGAGGAGAACCUGAAGGAGCGUCUCUUGAAAAGCAUUGCUCUGUGUCGGAAGGAGCUUGACACCCUCUGCAGGGAGCUCCAGCUGGACCCCUUUGAGGCAGAGGAAGAAAGUACCAUUCUGCAGAUGGAGAAGAAUUUGCGCACUCGUGUGGAAGUGAUGUUAAAGCAGAAAAGGGACAGGAAGCAGGAGCUGAAAACCCUGCAAGAACAAGAUCGAGACUUGUGCGACAUCCUCUGCACAACCCCGUUCUGCAUCGACAGCAAUGCCGUGCCCAGCCUGGAGGACCUGGAUCGCUACAGGCGCCACUUGGCCUCCCUGACCGCUGAGAAGGAGCAAAGGCGAGAAGAGUUUGUCAGCAGCAAACGGCAAAUCAUCCUCCUCAUGGAGGAGUUGGACCACACUCCAGACACAAGCUUUGAGCGGGAUGUGGUGUGCGAGGACGAGGAAGCCUUCUGUUUGUCUGAGGACAAUAUUGCUGCCCUCCAGAAUCUGCUGCAGCAGCUGGAAGCCCGGCGAUCCCUGAACGAAGCUGUAUGCACAGAGCUGCGCUCCAGAAUCGUUGCACUUUGGGAAAGGCUGCAGGUUCCUGGGGAGGAGAGAGAGUCUUCUGCCGUGCAUGUGACUGGGUCUAGAGCCAAAACCAGGAGAGCUCUGCAGUUGGAAGUGGACCGUCUGGAGGAGCUGAAGCUGCAGAACAUGAAAUCUGUGAUUCAGGCAAUCCGGACAGAGCUGGCUGACUACUGGGACAAAUGCUUCUACAGUCAGGAGCAGAGGGAAGGCUUCAGCCCCUAUUACGAUGAGGACUAUACGGAGACCCUGCUCGAGCUCCACGAUGCCGAGGUGGGGAAGAUGAAGAGCUACUAUGAAACGCACAAAGAUCUGUUUGAGGCUGUCCAGAAAUGGGAGGAGAACUGGAAGCUGUUCCUGGAGCUGGAGAGGAAAGCAACUGACCCCAGUCGCUUCGCCAACCGUGGGGGGAAUCUGCUGAAAGAAGAGAAGCAGCGAGCAAAGCUGCAGAAGACGCUUUCCAAGCUGCAGGAGGAGCUGGAGAUCAGGGUCCAGGCCUGGGAACAGGAGCAUGAGGGGCCUUUCCUGGUGAAGGGGCAGCAGUUCAUGGAGUAUGUCACGGAGCAGUGGCAGCUGUACCGUAUGGAGAAAGAGAAAGAGAAACAGGAGCGGCACCUGAAGAAAAGCCGCCAGAUUGAGACGGAGAUGAUGUACGGAAGCACCCCGCGGACACCCAUCAAGCGGCGGGUGCUCGGCCCCCACACGCCUGGCAAAGUAAGGAAGCUCAAUGGCACUACAAUCUCCAGCGCCACACCCAACAGCACUGUUCGUUCAGCUUUUGGGGGAACCAUCUACCACUCGCCAACAUCUCGGUUGCCACCUUCCGGAGGGAAGGUAAGGAGCUUUCUAGGGAGUCCUGCUCGGACCCCCAGCCGUGCAGCUGCAAAGCCACUCCGUCCUGGACACAGGGAGCGGAACAAGGAGAACAUGUCCCAGCUGAACGGAACCACCCUGAGCGGUGGGUGCACCCCCACAGCCCCUGCCCAGCGUAACCACAGCGUUAAUUCUGUUGCCAGCACCUAUUCUGAGUUUGCGCGCGAACUUUCAAAGGCUUCCAGGUCUGACAGUAGCUCCCGCGUCCUGAACUCCACCACCACCAAUGCCUUCUGCUGAGGCCCUGCCUGCCAGGCUCCAGCCGCUCGUAGUUGUAGUGAGUCGCUGCUCCGGCAGAGCGUUACGCAGCUCCCCCCAUGCCUAAAGCGUCCCGUGCUGUAGGGUUAACUGUUACCUGGGUCCUAGGUUACUCCGGCCAGCCUGGCUUUCUGUGGGGCAGGGGGGUGCCUGCCAGGGUAGGGUGUGAAAGGGACACUUUUAAAAACUUGCUUUUAUUUGGGGAAUUCUUACAAAUGUUUGUGAUUAAAGAUUUGAGUACGUGGUUGUGUUAGGGUAGCGCAGUGGUGGGCGCUGGCUUCUGCUGCAGCCUGGCGGGCUGGGGUUGAGCAUCGGUGCUCAGUUGCAGAGGCUCUGCCUUGCUGAGCAUGCUCUGGGACAGACAGGACCUAUUUUAGAGAGCUGGCCUCAGUGCCUUUUGUCGCAGGCUUUUUUCCCCUCCAUUUCUGUAGCUAUUGUCCAUCAGCAUCUUCCUUUCUCAGUACCACAGCAGGCUUGUUUUAGUGGGUGCUUGCUUUAGCUGAGGUUCCCUUAGCAGGAUUUGCUUGACCCUGGAGCACUGGGCUCACCCCUGCUCCAGGCUGGGCCCAGCGCCGAGGGUCUCGUCUCUCCCACACCAGCUGCGAGGCUGGGGGGGAGCAGUGGGGCUGGGGUCCCUUGGAGGGAGCAGCAGGGCAUUUCACAGGAGGCAAACCUAACCGGGCAUCCUCCUGGAGCCCUGAUGGCCGUACAACUUCCACCCUGCUGCUCCCCCUGCCCCAUCCCUGACGCGUGGAGGGGCAGAGCCUGCAGCAGGGAGUGCCUGAGCACACGUUACUAGCAAGGAAGCGAGCUACAGUGGGACAAGGCCUUCCUCCCUGCCUUUGGGAAGGGGGGUAGCUUGUCCUACUCCCAGGACCUGCUCUUCACUGUCCAGCGCUGCCUGCUGCCCUCCCUUGCCCUUCACUCUGGCAGAGGACAGCGAGCACAGCGCUUUGGCGGUACGACACAGCCCUGGGCACGGCUUGGGGGGGCUGUUUGCACCUUUGUUAACGAAGCUCUGUAUGUAUAUGUCUGUCCCUGAUCAUGACUAAUUUGCACCUUGUUAUCACUACAGUCCCCCACUUGCUGUUAUUUAUUCUCCAGGUUCUGUCCCCUUGCUCUGUAACUCUGUAUAUACUGUUCAUGGGAAUAAUACGUAUAUGUGUAUAUAGCCGUUGCUGUUUGUGUGUCUGUGCGGUGACCAAAGCCCGCCCUGGUGUGGCCUCGCAGCUGAGGAGGAGGGUCAGACACGGCUUUAAACGGGGACUGGCUCCAGAGAGGGUGGGCGAAGCUGGGACC